UUUCAUUUUUCUCUUUAAAAGAAAAAAGAAAGCAAUAUGGACUUUGUUUCUUCAGCCAGCUCGAGUACAAGUUCUCUGCCUGCUCAAAAACGAGCCAAAAUUUCAGAUACCGUUUAUGAACCGAAAAAGCUGACAGCCAAUUCCCCUUUGCUUCCUGCUAGUAUCAAUGUAGAAAGUUUUGAUUUCGGUAUUAACGAACCUCCUUUGGAUAGACCUGUUCGUAUUUACUGUGAUGGCAUUUAUGACUUGUUUCAUUUUGGACAUGCAAAAGCACUUGAGCAAGCCAAGAAAUCCUUUCCUGAGGUUUAUUUACUUGUUGGAGUCUGCAGUGAUCUCGAGACACAUAAACGUAAAGGCAAGACAGUCAUGACUGAUAUUGAAAGAUAUGAGGCUGUUCGUCAUUGUAAAUGGGUGGAUGAAGUUGUUCCUGAUGCACCAUGGUUUGUGACGGAAGAGUUUCUCAAUAAACAUCAAAUUGAUUAUGUAGCACAUGACGCAGAACCCUAUCAAUCCACUGAGUCAGGCGAUGUGUAUGCAUUUGUCAAAGCCCAAGGUCGUUUCUUACCAACACAACGUACGGCUGGUAUUUCCACUUCCGAUUUGAUCACCCGUAUUGUGCGUGACUAUGACGCCUAUCUUCGAAGAAACCUAGAGCGAGGUGUUUCUGCUAAAGAACUGAAUAUUUCGUUUUUAAAAGAAACAGAAAUCAAGACAAAGAAGUCGAUUGAUGAUCUCAAGAAUCAACUUAAAAGUGCUGUUCUAGAGCACUUGGGUACAUGGGAAGAUCAAAGCCAUGAAUUUAUCAAGAGCUUUGCUGGCCGCUUUGGCGCAGAGACUGUAGUGGUAAGCGAAAAAUCAUGCUUUCAUGUUGACUGAUUGCAUCUAGGAAAAAUUUUUAAACAAACGUCGACUUGUUGUUGGUGGGAAAAGAUCACGUAGCCCGAGUUCUCAAGAGAUUAUUUCCUCAAGAAGUAGCAGUGCCAGUAGCACUAGUUCUACACCACUUUAAGUUCGAUAUAUAGUCAUAUUAUACCUCU